AAUAAAAUUCUUCCUUGCAAGAAGCAACAUUGUCAACUCUGUAAAUUUGGGCCAAAACUUUGUAAACCAUUGGGAAACUUAAGGACUUUGACUUCGAGAACAACUUUAGUCCAGAGUAUUUAUAGCUUAUCUUGACCUUGAGCUUAAUUAAACAAUAUGAUGUGACAAUUAAAAUCUCCUAAGCAAGCAGUAAUCGCGUGAAGCCUCUACAGAAUGGACGGGCGAGUGUUGUCGGUGCAAAGUCACGUAGUGCACGGUUACGUGGGCAAUAAAAGUGCAGUUUUUCCUUUACAAUUACUGGGCUUUGAUGUAGACAACAUUAAUUCGGUGCAAUUAUCCAACCACACUGGUUACAAAAGUUUUGCUGGUCAGGUGCUAACUGAUAAGGAUUUAGUACAGUUAAGCACAGGACUAAUUGAUAAUGGCUUAGAUGAGUAUUCUCACAUUUUAUCUGGUUAUAUUGGUUCAUCGUCAUUUUUGUAUGAAGUCACCAAGCUAGUCACACAUUUGCGGACCAAAAAUCCAGACAUCUGCUAUGUUUGUGAUCCUGUAAUGGGAGACAAUGGUAAAUUAUACGUACCUCAAGAGCUAGUCACCAUCUAUAAGGAGUUUGUAGUCCCCCUGGCCACCAUUCUCACCCCAAACCUAUUUGAAGCUGAGCUCCUAACUGACCUGAAAAUCAACAGUGUGGAAGACGUCUGGAAAGCCAUCGAAAUCUUACAUGGCAGAGGUUGCCCCACUGUUGUAAUAUCAUCCGCAGACCUCGGCGACGGAGAGCUCCACGUCUUCGCCAGCCACAAAGGUGCGGACGUUAAAAGGGUGACAAUGAAGAUCCCAAAGAUUCCCGCACAGUUCACAGGCACCGGGGAUCUAUUUGCCGCCCUGUUUUUGGCAUGGAUGUACAAAACUCAAGACCUUAAAGAGUCUGUGGAGAAAACAAUAGCUUCUUUACAAGCUGUCCUGACCAGAACUUAUGAACAUGUUUUAGUUUCAGGCAAAGAAAUGAACGUAAAGAACUUGGAGUUGAAGUUGAUACAAAGUAAAAAGGAUAUUGAAGAGCCUCAGAUCAAGUAUGAGGCUGAAAUUGUUGAUUAAUUUGCUUUUUUUACAAUCACCGUAAAUCAAAGUCUUCCAAAGUAUACAUAGAUGUGUGUUGUUAAUAGAUUUGUUAUGUUUAAGCAUUAAAUUUUAUUAUAUACAGCAUAUUAUAUAUAAACAAUAAUAAAUAAAUAUUAUGCAAUGUGUAAAUAAUGAAACAAA